AUGUGUUUCGGUCAGCAGAUCGAGCUUCUGCAGCAGCAGCAGCAGCAGAUCCAAGCUACCCAGCAACAAUACAUGAACAUGGGGAUGAUCCCCCCGAACCAACAACUCGGCCCCGGCGGUGCUUUCAAUCCCUUGCAGCCAGCCAUGCCCGGCAUGAACCACCAGAAUGCCUUCCAGUUCCCUCAACAGAUCCCUCAGCAGAAUCUGGCUCCUCCCACCCAGCCCAUGGCCCACCGCCGCAACCAGUCGGCCCUCCCCAACAUGGGCAUGGGACCACCUCCCGCUCCCUCCUCUGGUGCCUCCGGCUCUGCCUUUGGUAGUUUCGAGAACCAGGGCGCCCAGGGUCGUGAGAAUGCCGGCGCCAGCCGCGGCCGCGGCGGUGGCGCUGGCGGCGGUGGCCAUCAGCGUAGACACUCUUUGGCGCUCGCAGACGCGAAGAAGGCUGCAGACAUCGCUCAACAGAAGCGUACAACAUCCGGCUUCCAGUUCCCCGGCCCCAAUGCCGCUCCUGAGAAUGGCGCCGAAGGCACGAGCGCCCCAGCUCAGCCCGAGAUUGCUCAGGGCUCCUCUGGUGCCGGUCGUGGUCGCGGAGGCCACGGUCGUAGCCAGAGCAUGGCUGUCGGCGCCGCCGGCCGUGGAGGCGGUGCUGGCCGCGGUGGUGCCCUAAACUUCACCCCCGACGCGGCUGGCCAGUCCAACGAUUUCCAGCGCCGCGGCAGCGCUACCGGCGGGCAUGCCAGGACUGGAUCCCGCAACUUUGAGGGCAACUGGCGCAACCAGAGCCAGACCCAGGACCAGGCCGGAGCCCAGGGCGGCCAGCAGGGCUUCCAGCCCGGCCACCGCUCCCGUGGCUCUAUCAUGCCCUUCCAGAUGUAUCCCGGACAGGCUCUCAACCCCAUGCAGAUCAACCAGCUCCAAGCUUUGCAGGCGGCUCAGAUGGGCGGUCAGCAAUUUGUUGGUCUCCAGGGAAGCCAGCAUGCCGGCCAGAUGGGCGGCAACCAGAACCAGCAGCAACAGAGGAAGACCCUCUUCACUCCUUAUCUCCCCCAGGCCACCCUGCCUGCGCUCCUCGGGGACGGCCAGCUUGUGUCUGGCAUCCUUCGUGUCAACUUAAAGAACCGGAGCGACUUCAACUUUUCCACUUUGGAUGACCAGCUCGAUGCCUACAUCUUCAUCUGCGUUAGCAGGGAUUGCAACCGUGCCUUGAAGGGCGACCUCGUUGCCGAUGAGCUCCUCGACGUUGACGAGUUUUGGUCGCAGAAGCGCGAAAAGGAAGAAAAGAAGACCCUGAAGGAUAUCGCCGACACCCGCUCGGCAUCCACCACUGAGGGACAGAACCAGUCCUCAAACAGUGCCGACGAC